AUGGAGUUGUUCUGGAUGUGGAUAUCUGUUUUGGGCUCCCUGAUUUAUGCGGAAAUCUUGUGGAGUCUACCCAUCGAUCAGGAUCAGUGGCCGAGGCCUCAGGAUGUGGAGCUGGCUGAGGUCUACCUCAGGAGGUUUUACAGCCUGAACCCCAGAGGCAGAGUUUCAAGAAGGAGGAUCAGGUCCACUUAUGCCAUGGAGGAGAAGAUCAGAGUAAUGCAAAACUUUUUUGGUCUAAGAGAGACGGGUCAUCUGGAUCCUCACACUCUGAAUGUGAUGAAGAAGCGCCGGUGUGGUGUUCCAGAUGUGGAAAACUUCAGCUUUUACCCUGGGAAGCCUAAAUGGAGGAACCACACCAUCACAUACAUGAUAUCCAAAUACACUCCGGACAUGAAGAGAGAGGAUGUGGAAAAGUCAUUUCGUUCGGCGCUAAAGAUGUGGAGUGAUGCAGCACAACUGAGGUUCAUCAAAGUCAACCAUGGCGAAGCUGAUAUAGUGUUCACCUUCGCACGCAAAAGUUACAGCCUGUUUGCUGUUGCAGCUCAUGAGCUCGGCCACUCACUGGGUUUGACUCACUCAAAAGACCACUCUGCUAUCAUGUACCCCAACUACAGAGUUCACAGCAGUACGCAGUAUUCUCUGUCCAAAGAUGAUGAGCUUGGGAUCCAAGCACUGUACGGAAAACCAAAAGAAAGAGUCGAUAUACAACCAGCUCCCAAAAAGUGUGACCCCAACUUUUCUUAUGAUGCAGUAAUUGUGAUUGGAAAAGAGAUUGUUUUCUUUAAGGACAGGUACAUGUGGAUGAGAACAACGCAGACAUCUUAUUGGAAUCGCCUGAGAGAGAGCCACAGCAGCGCAUAUUUACCCAGCAUCAGUUCUCACGUGGAUGCCGCUUAUAACAUCCCUGCCAAAGGCGUGUCGUACAUAUUCACUGGUCAUAAGUAUUGGGUGGUUCAUCAGCUCAAGAGGAAAAGUCACGCCCGCUCCAUCCAUGAGUACGGCUUCUCCUCCAGAGUCAGGCAGGUUGACGCUGCCGUGCAUGUCAGCGAAUAUGGGAUAACAUUCUUCUUCAUUAGAGAGUUUUAUUACAGGUAA